UUUUGGACUUUGACAGACACGUGAGCUGCUGACGUCAUUAGGAGUCAGGCAGACAUGAUGGCGGCGGGUUACGUCCAGAAGGUAGUGUUUGAACAUGACGGCGUCUUCAUUCGUCCCAAUGGAGAUGAGGACAGCAUGGAGCAGGACGUCCUGAUCUCAGGGACCCUGCGCAUCGUGGACAAGGAUGGUGACAUCAUGGUGGACUACAGACCUCUGGAGGACACUGUGGACAUCUCCAACAUGCAGUGUGCUGGAAAGGACUCGAGCUCGGUGGUGCAGUGGUCUCAAGGUCCGGCUGACAGGACGCAGCAGUUAGAGACGCAGCACAGCUACGAGACCGAGUGGGAUAUGGUCAACGCGGUGUCCUUCAAAAAGAAGCCCUGCGCCAACGGAGACGGCACUCUGAACCACAGCCACGAGAGGAGCAGGUGGGUGCUGACCGUCAGCAUCAGUGACCUCAGGUCCGUCACUGUGAGGACUCAGGGUUGGAGCGUUCUCACCUUCAAACUGAAGGAUUGCUCCACCAACUUGCCUGCUCUGCACUUCCACCAGGGCGGCAGCAGAGAGUUCCUGGACAGCCUGAGAAGAUUUGCUCUGCUCACUGAGUGUCCAGAUGAUGACCAGUGUCUAAUGGUCAACACUCCAAACAAAGCUCUGUCUCAGUCCUUCGAAAACCUUCUGGACGACAACAACUUCGGCAUCAUUCAUCAGAAGUUGAGGAAAGAUCCUUACGUGACAACACUCGGCGGCUUCUCCAAAGUCACCAACUACAUCUUUGAUGCUUUCCGGGGGACGGAGGAGCAGCACCAGCGCCCCCCGGAGGAAGUGCCUGACCUGCUGGGUGAAGUGAUUCCAGGACUGGAGAUCAACCAGCAGGCGGAGCCGGGCUUUGAGGUCAUCACCAGGAUCGAUCUGGGGGUGCGGCCUCAGGUGAUGAGGGCGGAGCCUCUGUCUAUGGAGGACUGGAUCAAACACCAGGACUUAGAUGGAAGUAUGGUCCGGACCAGUCAGCUGAAACAGAACAUCUUCAGAGGGGGACUCAGUCAUGCAGUGAGGAAAGAGGCCUGGAAGUUUCUGUUGGGUUAUUUUCCUUGGGACAGUUCACUGGAGGACAGGAAGUUUCUGCAGAGACAAAAGACAGACGAGUACUUCAGGAUGAAGCUGCAGUGGAAGUCGGUGAGUGAGGAGCAGGAGAAGAGGAACUCCAGACUCAGAGACUACAGGAGUCUCAUCGAGAAAGACGUGAACAGAACAGACAGAACAAACCGAUUCUAUGAAGGUAUCGACAACCCGGGCCUGGUUCUGCUCCACGACAUCCUGAUGACCUACUGCAUGUAUGACUUCGACCUGGGUUAUGUUCAGGGCAUGAGUGACCUGCUGUCGCCAAUUCUCUACGUGAUGGAGAACGAGGUGGACGCAUUCUGGUGCUUUGUGUCCUUCAUGGACCAGGUGCACCAGAACUUUGAGGAGCAGAUGCAGGGGAUGAAGACUCAGCUGAUUCACCUCAGUUCUCUGCUGCGACUGUUGGACGUGUCCUUCUGGAACUACCUCGAGUCUCAAGACUCAGGGUUCCUGUACUUCUGUUUCCGCUGGCUGUUGAUCAGAUUCAAGAGGGAGCUCAGUUUCCAAGAUGUCCUGCGGCUCUGGGAGGUGAUGUGGACUGCUCUUCCAUGUCAGAACUUCCACCUGCUCAUCUGCUGUUCCAUCCUGGAUUCAGAGAAACGCAAGAUCAUGGAGGAGAACUAUGGCUUCAACGAGAUCCUCAAACACAUCAACGAGCUCUCGAUGAAACUAGACAUUGAGGAGAUUCUUCAGAAAGCAGAGGGAAUCAGUCUCCAGCUGAGGAGCUGUAAGGAUCUGCCCGACUCCAUCACAGACAUUCUGGGCUUCAGUGCAGAAGAAUGUGGUUCUGACCUGAGAGACGCCGGUUCUCCUGCUCCUCCCACUGCUCCUCCCCCAGUAUCACAGCGACAGGACACAUGUUCCAAUGUCCACGGACACUUGAGGGACUCAAGUUCACACAACAAAGUUGCCUUCAUUUCGUAGUGAAGAGACAGACUGAGUCAGGACGGCAAGCGCUGUCUCCUCCCACUUCCUCCGGCAGAGAAGAAUCUUAUUUUUGUAAUUCCUGCAUUGAUUGAUUCUGUCAUUGAUGAUUCUAAAGAAGCCACAGAGGGGCGCCACUGAAUCUGAAGGAUUCUGUGAUCAGCAGUCGAUCAGCUGUUAACAUCUGCCCUGAUCUGAUCACAUGUUCAACUCUGUCGUCCAUGAUUCACACACACACACACACACAGGUAUGGUAACAGUGUUGAUCAAAAUAAAGGGGCAGGGACUUUAGAGGUGAUCACAUGAUCACAGGAGAACACCCAGGUGUGAAGAGUUGAACAUGUGAUCACUGAGGGCAAGGACAAGGUCACUGACCCUCUGAUGUUGACAUGACUGAUGAUGUCGUCAUCUGUGUGACCCUAGUUCUCUGAGUGGACACACCCACACUGGGAGCCGGUGGGCGGGGCUUCAGACCUGCAGGUUGUUGAUUUGCCUCUUCUCAGUAUUAAUCAUGUGUGAGGACACUGCUGCAUUCUGGGAAAUGAGCCUGUCACGCCAAUCAAAGUUUCAGCGAACAGGAAGCUGCACGUGUGGCUCUUUCACAAUAAAAGUGUUUAAAAGCGUUCUCUGACCUUUCAGACAGUGUCACCAUGGAAACCAUGUUCAACAGUGAAGGUUUUUAGAUUUUCAGAUUUAUAAAUCCCGCCCCCAGCGCCACUGUCUGUGUCUUCUGUUUGAAAUAAAGUUGGUGCACUUUUCCUAA